UGUCUUCCGUAGACAUGAUGAAGGACCCGCUGCGCGUGGGCAAAGCCAUCCGCGCCCAGCUCGAGCACGAGAUUCCCAGGGACUUGCCCCUCGAGAAGGACUUCCGGGAAGGUACCAACUACACUAUCACGGACCACGUUAACGAGCUUCACGCACAGCUGUGCCCGGACAAGCGCACCCUCGGGCUCUUCACGUCGCUCGUGAACCAUCUACACGCCUUCGCGCGCGAGACGCAGCCAACGCACGGCGAGUGGACGCGUGCAAUCGAGUACCUCACGCGCGCGGGCAAAGAGAGCACCGAGUACAAGAACGAGUUGAUCCUCCUCAGCGACUGCCUCGGCCUCAGCGCGCUCAUCGACGAGCUCAACCACCCCAAGCCAUCUGGCUGCACGGACGGCUGUGAACCCGGUCCAUUUAAGACCGACGACGCGCCUGAGCUACCCUCCGGCUCAUCUGUAGCAUCCACAAAUACCGCCGGCGAGCUUAUGUAUUUCGAGGCAACGGUCAAGGAUACCAAGGGCCAGGGUGUUCCGGGUGCUAAAGCUGAGAUGUGGCAAGCAGACGGCGACGGCCUAUACGAUGUGCAGUAUCCCAAUAGGCCUGAGAUCAACGACCGGGCACGUAUUAUUGCUGAGCCCAAUGGGCACUUCAGCUAUCGCGGUAUCCUGCCGGUCGCAUAUCCCAUUCCCAGCGACGGUCCGAUUGGCGACUUCCUGCACGCUCUAGGACGGCAUCCGCAUCGGUCGUCACACAUCCACUUCAUGAUUACUGCACCGGGCUACGAUGACCUUACGACGGCGCUCUACCCAUCACACUCGCCUUUCCUGGGUACAGAUCCUGUGUUUGCGACCAAGAAGUCACUAGUAACGAGUGUUACCGAAGAACGCGACCCUGCGAGGUGGAAGGCGAUGGGGUUCAGCGAGGGCGAGGUGCAAAAACGUGGAGGACGCGUGUGGCUGUGGAAGUAUGAGUUUGUGCUACCAAGCGUCGAGGAGGUCGUGGAGCUUAAAAAGCGCCAUGACGCGAAAGUGUCAAAGCUUUAGACGUGCGCUGGGACAAUUCCUGCCGCAUGACCACCGUAAUUUCGGAUUGCUGAACGUCUAUAUUUGAUCCAACAUCGUACAGUAUAUGGCUGUACGUCGGAAUGUGCUUAGAAUCCCUUGCUGACGUCGGGAUAUACAUCAAAACGUCUCUGGGUCGUGACAGGGAUGACUGUGCGGGUCGUGUGGAAUACUUCGGGGUCAAUAUCGACAAACAAGAUGUCUUCUUCGUGCUGCAGCUCGCCGAUAACCUUACCCAUUGGAUCCGAGACAAGGGAAUGGCCCCAGGCAUGGUACUCGGCGCUGAGGUCCCGCGCUGGACUGCACAUGGCAAAGAAGAUUUGGUUGUCGAUUGCCCUAGCGCGUUGAAGCAGCUCCCAGUGCAGCGGACCUGUGGUCAAGUUGAAUGCGCCGGGGUAAAUGCAUAUCUGGGCACCCUGGCGCGUCGCAAUGGCGGCAAGCUCGGGGAAGCGGAUAUCAUAGCAUAUGCCGAGACCAAUGCGCGCAAAGUCCGUGUCGAAGUAGUUCAUUGUCGUUCCGCCUGUCAGAGUCUCACUUUCCUUGAAUUUGAUCUUUCCAGGGAUGUCGAUGUCAAAGAGGUGAACCUUGCGAUGUGUGGCAACAAGCUCGCCCUUCGGGUUAUAGACCGUUGAGGUGUUGUAGACCUUGCCCUCUGGAGUCCUCUCUGGAAUAGAACCACCCAGCAGCCAUAUUCCUGUUUCCUUGGCUACCGCAGACAGCAGCUUGACAGACUCGCUUUCGGAUUUGUCUGCAUUGUACGGCUGGCCCGGCUGAUAGCCAAUGGUCUCAGCGUAAAUCGGGAAGUGGACGUGUCCGUAAGGUGAGUUAAAGCAUUCAGGGAGCACAAUGAGAUCAGGUCUCUUCCCACUAGAUCCUCCCUUUGCCGCCUUGAGCACCAUUUCAUGUGCAUGCUUCAGGUUUGCGGCCUUGUCUGCGCCAAUUCCACCGAGCUGUAUGAGCGCAAGAGUAAAAGGUUUGAAGGUAGGUGCUGAUGACAUGGCGAACGUUCUGGACAAGAAU